AUGAAAAAAGAAAAAUUAUUAUUUGGAAUUAUUUUAAUAUUUUUAAUUAGUUAUAUAAAUUUUAUUAAAUCAUGUGAAGUUACUGGUCAAAUAUUAAAAUGUUCACAAUCUUCACUAAUUUUAAAAUUAAUAAAUGGUACAAAGGAUCCAAUUAUAUUGGAUAAAAAUAAUGGUUAUAAUAUAUCAAGUUAUCCAAAUAAAAAAUUUCUUUCUGAUCAAUAUAUAAAUGGUGAAAGUAUUAUAUUUAAUCCAGAGAUUUCAAUAAAUCCAAUUCCAACAAGUGGUGGUAAAACACCAAUGAUUGGAUACUUUUUAUUUAAUGGAUUUGAAAGUGAAAAAUUAUUAUCAGAUAGUAAUAAUGAUUUUUUUCAUUAUGAUCCUGUAAAUGGUAGUACAAUAGAUUAUUUAAUUGAUUUACCAUCUGGUUGUAAAUCAUUUAAAAUAUUCGAUUUUCUAAGUACAAAAUCAUUAUCAACAAUUAAAUAUUUACAACCAAUUUUAUCAUCUAAAAAACCAUAUGAAUUCGAUAAUAAUGAUAACAAUAAUAACAAUGGAUAUAUAAUUAUAAAUGGUGAAAACUUUUCUAAUGAUUCAUCAUGUGUAAAUAUUAAAAUUUCAUCAACAAUUUUUAAAAACUCAAUUCCAUCACCAAAUUCAAUUGAUCCAAAUGAAAUAAUACUUGAUUUUAAUAAAAUUUCAUUCCCUUUAAAUGAAGCUAAAAAUUUCGUAGGUCAAUGGAAUAUAUCAUUUACAAUUGGUGAUUCUAAAACUAUUCAAUUACCAACUAUUAAUAAUUUACCAAGAAUUGUUGGUAACCCUGAUACUAUACCAAGAACAGGUGGUGUAAUUACACUACAUGGUGAUUUUUUAAAAUCAAGAACAAAUUUAAUAUCAAUAAUUGUUGGGGGUAAUAAACAAUGUAAAAAUAUUAAAUAUCCAAAUAAUGGUGAUAAAACAAUAUUAACUUGUGAAAUGCCAAGUGGUAAUGGUGGUAAUUAUCCAUUGAUUUUAACAGUUGAUGGUGUACAAUGUAAAGAUGAAAUUUACUUUUCAUAUAACCAACCAACCAUUAAAUCAAUAAAAUUCCCAUCACCAGAUGAAUAUCCAUAUAGAAUUCAAGUUGAUGGUUAUUAUUUCACUUGUAGUAAUGAUACCAAAUUAAAAGUUAAAUUUUAUAAUUCAGUUAAUCAGUCAUCAUUUAAAUAUGAAAUUCCAAAUAUAUUAAAUGAUACACAACUAACUAUUGAUGUACCAAGUUAUGCAUACUCUGGUUUAUUUCAAAUGGAUGUUGUUAAUAUAAAUGAUUCAAAAGUUUUAUUAAAGUCAAAUGAUUUCAAAUUAAUUAAUCCAAUAAAUAAUUCGAAUACCACAAUGUUAUUAUGGAAACCUGUAAUUAAAUCAGUAUCUAAAUGUUCAACAAUUGGUGGUAUAAUUACAUUUACAGGUCACCAUUUAAAAACUCAAUUUUAUAAUGGAUUACCAAUUGAAAUUAAAUUUAAAGGUAAUACAUCAACUGAUCAAUAUCAUAAUGAUAAUAUUGAAUGUAACAAUAUAACACAAGUAGGUAAUGAUGGAACUACUUUAAAUUGUAAAAUUAAUGGUGGUAUUGGUAUUGGUAAUUUUAAAAUUGAAAUUAAUGGUCAAGAAUUACCUGAAAUUCCAUUCUCAUAUUUAUCACCAACUAUAACAUCUCUAACUCAAAUUGAUGAUAAAAUUAUAAUGACAGGUUCAAACUUUGGUGAAAAACCAUCAGAUUUAUUUAUAAAUUAUUUACAUAACUCUCAUUAUUUAUUAAACCCAAUUUCAAUAACACCAAAUCAAUCAUUAGCAACCAUUCAAAUUCCAUUAGGUAAUGAUGAAAGGUUGGAUUAUUUUUCAAUAAUUGUUGGUGGUCAAUAUUCAAACUAUACAAAUACAAAAGGUGAUUUAAUUAAUUUCCCAAUUCAUCCAGUAAUUAAAACAGUUAAUAAAUUAACAACAUCUGGUGGUUUAUUAAAAUUAAGUGGUUACUUUUUAUCAAAUGAUUCAGUUGUUACAAUUGGUUCAAUUGGUUGUUUAAAUGAAACCAUUACAAGUUUAAAUAAUCAAACAGAGUUAACUUGUGUUUUACCUGGUAUUUUAUCAACAAUUGUAUUUUCAAAUGAAUCACAAUCAAAAUAUUAUGUUACCUCUGGUACACAUCAUAAAAUUAAAUUGGUAACAUCAAAAUAUUCAAUUGAAUCGUUUAAUCCAAAUAAUCUACUUUUCUCCUAUGAUCCUCCAAUAGUAAAUACAACAACCACCGUUAGUGAAGAAGGUGGUUUAAUUCAUCUAACUGGUACAAGUUUUAAUAAUGUUGGUUUAUUCGUAACAGUUGGUAAUGUAACUUGUGAAAAUCCAUACUCUGAUACAUUUGAUUCUGUAUCAUGUUAUAUCCCACCAUUUACUCCAAUACUCUCUGAUAAUAGUACUCAAUGGGUUAAUAUUACUGUUGAUGGUCAAACAAAUUCAUUUUUUAUCUUUAAUUAUAAUUUCACCAAAGCAAUUAGUUUUGAAGUUGAAAAAGAUAGUAUGUCAAGUUAUUAUAAAUGGUUGAUACCGGUAGUAAUAAUUGGUGUAUUAGUUAUUGUAUUAGCAGUAGUUUAUUCUGUAUAUAUGUUUAAGAAAUUCCAAAGAUUAAAAAAGAUAAAAGAAAUGAUGAAUCCAAAACCCCCAACAAAUCAACCACAAAAUAAUGCAUUUACUCCAUCAACACCAUCUCUACAAAAUUUUUAA